CGCGAAUUUGCGAAUGAUGCGAACGAAUUCGCGUUGGCCGCAUUCGCCGCUCGCAAUCGUGUCCUACCUAUUUGCGGCGAACGCGAAUUUGCGGCUGACAAUAUUCCGAUAUUUUUUGUUUUUUGACGUUCAGUCGUACAGUGUGUUUUGAAGUGUAAUGUGCGGUAUAUGUGUUUAUAUUCAGCUCUUUUAUAUUUUUCAUUCUUAACUUUUUGUUAAAGACUAAGUCAACUAAAAAUGUCAUCGAAUUUACAAAAACAAUUAUUUUUAUUCGAAAGUACUACACUAAAAUAUUUACUGUAUAAAAAAUAUUUAAAAAAAAGAAGAUCAGUUGUAAAUUCAAUUAUUUAUAAAGAUAGACUUGUUUUUGGUGAAUUCUUUCACCUAUACCCACAGUUGCGAAAAAAUGAAACUUCAUUUCGAUCUUAUACUAGAAUGACUACCGAUACAUUUGAUUAUAUUUUAAAACUAAUAUCACCGGAAUUUGAUCUCAAGACCACAAAUUUCCAAGAACCUAUUUCCGUAGAGCAGAGGUUACUUGUAACAAUAAGGUAUUUAGCAACAGGACUAGCAUUCAGGCAAAUCGCAAUGUCAUUUAGAAUAUCUAAGUCCGCAGUCUCAAGCAUUGUUAUUGAAGUGUGUAAAGUAAUAUGGAAUACGUUAAAAUUCAAACACAUGUCUACUCCAAGCGUCGAUACUUUUAAAAGCACAGCAAUAGAAUUUCAUGAAAAAUGGAAUUUUCCAAACUGUGUGGGAAGUAUCGACGGCAAACACAUCAGACUGCGAUGCCCUCAAAAUUCCGGGAGUAUGUAUUUUAAUUAUAAACAAUAUCACUCGAUUGUUCUAAUGGCAGUAGCUGACGCGAGUUAUAGAUUUUUGAUGAUAGACGUGGGUGGAUACGGGAAAGAUAGCGAUGGUGGUGUUAUGGUAAAUUCUAAAUUUUACCAACGUAUCGAAAACGGUUCGCUUAAACUACCGAAUGAAAUAAAAUUACCAAAUUCGAACGUCUUGGCUCCUUUUGUGUUUAUAGGAGAUGAAGCUUUUCCAUUGAGAAAUUACUUAAUGAGGCCUUUUCCAAGAAAACAGUGUCAAGAAAACGAAAAACAGUAUUACAACUAUAGACAUGCGCGAGCACGAAUGACAAUCGAGUGUGCAUUCGGCAUAGCUUCAUCAAAGUUUCGAAUUCUAUUAAAAUCAAUAGAAACAAAAGUAGAAAACGCGGAUCAUAUUGUAAAGGCUAUUUGUAUUUUACACAAUACAAUAAUAGAUUUGGAAAAAAAAUCAUCAACACAACAUUACGCCCUAGACGAUUACGAAACAGACAUAUCGAAGGGCCAUAAUCAAAUGAUAUCGCUGAAUUACAAAGGCAGAGCCAACAAUCGAGCGUCAAGUACCGCAAUUAAUAUAAGAAAUAGAUUUGUGAAGUAUUUUAAAGAUAAUAAAAUUUAAAAAUAAUUUUCUACAAACAUUAAUAUCGCAAUCCUCACGGGACACCCUGUAUUUUAUAAUCAUUUCCAAGUAUGUUAAUACAUAUUUUGUCACUAUAC